GCUGAUAAAUCGCGAGGCCAGCCCGGCCGCUGAAAGACGGCGGCGGCUGCGGCGGCCCGGGAUGGGGGAGCGUGAGGAUGAAGCGGGUGUCGGGGCUGCUCUCCGGGACGCUGAGCCGGGCCUGUGGCUCUCGGGCCUCUUUGAGCCGGGCGCGGCCCCCCAGCCCCAAACGCGAGAGAGAAAGCGCCGGAGGCUUACUAUUUGACUAGUGGCCCCUCGCGGGAAAUCGCGCGAGACCUGGACCCGCGCGAGACCUUGGGACCGCCCCCAGCCCCGGAGCCCAGCCCCGCGCGGCGGGCGGGCGGCGAAAGGACCCUGAGUCCCGCAGGGCCGCUCGGUGCCCCCGCCCCCCCGCGCCCCGCUCUGCGGAAACCCGGCAGAAAUCUUGAGAAGCGAAGCGGCCGCCGGCCCCGCCCCCACCAUGUGCGUGCCGCCAUCUUGUGAGGACGUUUCGCAGGGAGGGUGAAUUUGUCUAUUACCUCUUUAUUAUGUAGGAUUGCAACUAUGGGGGGACCCAGAGAAGCCCAGUACUUUGGAAGAACCGGAAGCGGUAAGGGGAAGUCGUGUGGAGUAAGUUGUCUUUAGGAAGUAAAUGAAGAGGACUAUUGAGUCAUGGCCAGGUUCACGCCAGCAGUACCUCAGUGCUCUUUGGCAGCUCUCCCUGGGCCGCGCUGAGAAGCCAAACUCCAGCCGUGUUUCCAUUGAAACAUAAGGUCUCCUGUAGGCGAGGGCGCCUUCUCCAGGCCGGACCUCGGCUGGCCACCACCGGGCGGGCGCAUGGCGGACCCGGGCCUGUUUAUGGAGUGUGAGGAGGGGGAGCUGGAGCCAUGGCAGAAAAUCAGUGACGUCAUCGAGGAGUCUGCAGUUGAGGAUUAUAAUGCAGCGGAUAAAGCUGCUUUUACUGCAGAUUCUGGGAGCCAGCAGCAGCCAGUCGCAGCCCCGGUGCCCAUCGCUCUUUAUGCUUCUGUGACCGGGCACCUCUCCCCAGCCACCUCCGUGGGCAGCAGUGGGGCCCCGGACGGCGACAGUGCCAAGGGCACUCAUGUCAGAAUCGUCCCCGGCGACGAGGCCCAGAGGAAGUGGUGCGGACAGAAUAUGUAUAAACAGCUCCUGGCACAGCGUGCCUCCGCCGCCGAAAGGAGCCGGCGUUAUCGACAGAAUAUGUCCGAGGAGCAACGAUUGGCACAACGCGAACGGCGACGCUGUCGCCGACAGAACAUGUCCGAAGAGCAGCUGUUGGCACAACGUGCCUCUGCGGCCGAGAGAAGCCGGCGUUACCGGAAGAAUAUGUCUGAGAAACGACGGCAGGCACAACCGGAAAGGAGGUGGUGUCGUGGGCGGACUGUGGCUGAGGAGCUGCGAUUACAGCGAUUACAACGCGCCUCUGAAGCUGAAAGAAGCCGGUCCACGAAAAGUACUACCAGUCCUGGUAGGAACUGCCUUCCUGGCGACAAUGAGAGAGGAAGAGAGAGGGAUAGAGAGAAACAUCGAUGAGAGAGAAUCAUCG